CGUGAAACGACUGGCUUCGGCAAACAUCGUCAUCUGUCGAGAACUUACACUCGGUCAAGGAUGGAGGAAGAGGCACGCAAGCUUCUCGAAGAAGGAAUAAUAAAGAAAUUGAUCAGUCCUGGUAAAGGAGAGCUAUCGACCUUUCCCAAUGGAACCAAGGUGGUCUUCCACUACCGCACCAGCCUGUGUGAUGGCAAAGUGCUGGAUGACUCUAGGACCAUGGGGGGCCACAGCAAACCCAUGGAGCUUAUUUUGGGCAAGAAGUUUAAACUAGCUGCAUGGGAGAGAGUGAUCAUCACUAUGAGACAAGGCGAAAUUUCUGAAUUUACCUGUGACACUAAGCACACAGCACUUUACCCGCUUGUGUCCCAGUCCCUGAGAAACAUCAGUGCUGGUAAGGACCCCCUGGAAGGCCAGAGGCACUGCUGCGGCAUUGCCCAGAUCCACUCCCACCACUCUCUAGGGCACAAGGACCUGGAUCAGCUUCAGGCCAGUCCACAGCCUCUUGUCUUCAGCAUCGAGCUGCUGGAGGUUUUGCCUCCAGGAUCGUUCCAGCUUGAUGUAUGGGCUAUGACGGAUGAAGAGAAACUCGAGUUUGUGCCUCAGAUCCACGAGGAGGGCAACAUGCUUUUCAAGCAGGGCCAAAUUAAGGAAGCCACGGAGAAGUACUACAAUGGCAUUGCCUGCCUCAAAAAUCUACAGAUGAAGGAACAUCCUGGAGAUGAAGCAUGGGUAAAGUUGGACCUUAUGAUCACACCACUGCUCCUCAACUACUGCCAGUGCAAGCUACUCCAGGGCCAGUACUACGAAGUCAUCGAACACUGCACAUCCGUGAUCUUCAAAUAUGAGGACAAUGUGAAGGCCUUCUACAAGCGGGCUAAGGCCCACGCUGCAGUGUGGAAUGAGGCAGAGGCACGGGCGGACUUUGCCAAGGUGUUGGACCUGGAACCCUCUCUGGAGCCGUCAGUUGCGAAAGAGCUGAGGGCCAUGGAGGAGAGGAUCCGCAACAAAGAGAAGGAGGAAAAGGGUCGCUACAAAGGCCUAUUCAGCACACCACCAGCCACUGCCACUACAGGUUGAAUCUCACAGUGGGUUGGAAUAAGAGUUUGCCUGUGAAUUUCAAGAUGGAGGAGAAACGGUAGACACUCCUGGUGUUUCAGUCUUAUCCAUGCACCCAAGUCAAACACUCUGCCACCCGUCCCCUCAUGGUACACGCAGAAACAUUCUCACAGUCAGGUCAAACACACAAAUGCACCCAGUAGUCACGCAUUUUUAUACCAAGGUGCGAUUUUCAUUCCUGCCUUAUUCCUCUAAACUCCCUCUCUCUAAAUUUAAAAUUCAGUUUUUGAUUAGGGCCUGCUGACAUUUUCAGCUUAAUUUUAAUGAAAGUCCAAAAUCCCAUGGAACCAUGUCUGUCCUGGCUAGCAGCACUAUGUAUUCAUAGUAUCGUGGUCUUCAAACUAAGGGAACUCUGAAUUCCAUUUUCUUACUUAGCCUGAUAUGGUUUCAGAAAUUUUUACAUUCAUGGUAAAUAACUUGCUCACAGUAAUGGACUGCCUACAGAAUGUUUCCCUUAGCAAAAUGUUUCACAGGAAUGAUGAAUUUAUCUUCUGUUUGAGCAAAGUUAUUGUAUUAUAAUUUAUAUAGCAAACACCAAUUUGCCAUGGUAUUAAAACAAAACAAUUAUGUUGUCUUGCUUUCUCUGAAAUAUGCGCACAGCUGUUGGAUAAUCCUAAAAUUACUUGUAAUUGUAAGGAGAGAUUUCAAAGGAUUCCAGACAGAAAUGCUUUCCCUUAAGAAAACCAUGGAAUACUUAAUUUUGCUUUUUGCACAAGGCACAUUAUGUACUCACAUGCACACCUCUGCCUUGCACCGCCAGAACUCCUUUUCUAUCUUGGUCACAGCGGAAGCACUGGAAUAAGCAGACUAUCUCCGGGUAGAUGCGACUGGGAAACCGAGCUGUCUGUGACAAUCAUACAACACACAAGGACUUGUGUUAGCUUUACUUUCUCCUAUGUACUUAUGUAAGAAAUACUACCAUUAUGUUGUUUCGGUCAAGAUGUACUCAGCAGAACCCUCAGUAUCUCCUUCACAUGCUUAGAACAAGCUACUUGUUACUCUCCAUGUGAAGCGAGUCGGUAGCCCAACCUGUCUAAAGUGAGAUGUUAGAGGUUGUGGUUAUGUAACUGAAAAUAAAUGUUUAUCGCCA